AAUUACAGAACAUAGGUACUUCCAUUCUCGCACUCGCAGCACGUACUUGUUUCACAAUGCCGAGAAAAAAGGCUUCGUCCAUAAAAUCAGCUGAAGAAAAGGAAGAUUUAGAUAUUGAGGAAUUCAUCGUGGAGAAAAUCCUGGACAAGAGAGUUCGAAACGGUAUCGUCGAGUAUUAUCUCAAGUGGAAGGGCUACGGAGACACGGAUAACACGUGGGAACCCGAAGCCCACUUGGAAUGCUCUCAGCUCAUAAACGAAUACGAGAAGACAGCCAAAGAAAAGGCGACCGAAGAGAAAAAAGAGACAGGGAAGAGAACACCCAAGAAACCAUCUAAUACAAAGACGAAGGAAGAGAACAGGAUGGACAUGAAUUCACUGUCGGGUUUCGAUCAAGGUUUCGAACCAGAUAAGAUUCUCGGAGCAACCAACGCGAGCGGUACGUUGAAGUUUCUGAUGCAGUGGAAAGACAGUGAGAUACAAGAACUGGUUCCUGCAAGUCAGGCCAACGUUCUGUGUCCUCAAGUUGUCAUCAAGUUCUACGAAGAGAGACUGAACUGGAAUUAAUGUUCUUGCUUGAAAACUUGCAUGCAACUUUUUCCUGAAAUAAAACAACAAAUUUGUUUACAUUCCAUAUAUUCAUACAAUU